AACAAAGGGGAGGUAAACGACGACGACGUCAACAUUUGGGGAAGAAUUGUUGUUUGUUGUGGAUAAUUUCGUGAGAAUCGGGAGAAAGAAGGCUUUUAAUUCUCAGGAUACCAAAGAGAGACGUUCUUUUCUUGUGUGUGCCUUGGAGAGACUUCGUUGUUUCUUGUUUGUCUGAGAUUGACUCUCAUUCUUUCCGUGUGUGGGUGUCUGUUUGGUUGCCCCUCUUAUAUAUAUAUUGAGAGUUUUGGUGGUGCCAAAUCCACUUUUAAAGCGAAGAUGCCCAAGAAGAAGAAGAAAGAUAACGAACAACAGUCUAGCAGGAAUAUUUCUUUCGAUCAUAGUUCUUUCCAGAACUUAUUUUCACCUGUGACCAGUCCUGUGGCGGUGAAACCGAGCCAGGGCAACCUCACUGGCAGUGAAAGGGUCACCAAGGACAGUGCUGCUGACAUCUACAAUGCCAUCUUGAAGUGGAACAACCUCAACCUCAGUGGGGCAGCCAUCAUGAGCAAAAUAGCCAAUUGCAAAUUACAGGCCAUAUUUGAACCCAGCACCACGGUGUCCGCUGAUGUUUCACCCCCGUCGACAACGAUGCCUCUUGAAAUGGAACCACUGUGUGAGAAACUUCUGAAGACAGUCGAAGCCAUGGAGAAGGUGAUCCAUAAACUGGAAGCCAUGUGUGACGUGUACCGAGGGCUAUUUAAUCUGGAGGAACAUCGACACCAGGCUGGUGAUGUUACUGAAACCGUACCAUUCCAGUCUUGGACUUACAAGGAUUUUGAAGUGACGUCCGCAAAAAUUGUUGAAGCUUACCAAAAAGAGUUUGAACUGAAACAACGCCUGGUUGAAGUCAUCGCACACGUCCCCGACCGCAAUCUGUUGAUGUUUUGUACGGCUGGCUGGCUGCACGAACCGUACGUCAGUGGAGAGACACAGCUUCUACUCGAGGCCCUUGUCACAGAAACGGGUCUGAAAUGACCCCUCGCCGUCCACUUGUAGGGGUUUAACUUUAUUAGGAACUAAAUUUCUUCAUUUUUUUUUUUUCCUUCUUCCAUUUUCUUUUUACCUCUUCUCUUUUGCUGUCAUUGUUCAUGUGUGCAUAGGCUUAUGUGUGCGUUUAUGAGUGUGUAUACACACACACGCACGCAUAAU